CACUGGGGGGAGAGGAGCGGAGCCUGUCCGAGCCCCGGCGCCGAGUAACGCCGCCGCCCCGGAGCCGCCUUGGAGACCCCCUUGCCACUAAGUGCCUCUUUGCAAAGCUCCGGCCCCCCGCCCCCACACUUACUGGUACCACAACAGAGGGACGGGCCAUGGCGGGUCGGGGAGGUGCAGCACGACCCAACGGACCAGCCUCUGGGAACAAGAUCUGCCAAUUUAAGCUGGUCCUGCUGGGGGAGUCUGCAGUGGGCAAAUCCAGCCUUGUCCUCCGCUUUGUCAAGGGGCAAUUCCACGAGUACCAGGAGAGCACAAUUGGAGGUGAGUGGGCACGAGGGAGUGGGAGCAGCCUCAGAGAAGCCAAAGAUAGCUGGGCCCCAUCCACUGCCAACUGCCGACAUUUCCCUCCCACCCCCUCUCACCUCCAUCCGAACCAGGAAGCACAAGCGUAUGCAGACGACAACAGUUUGCUGUUCAUGGAAACAUCAGCAAAGACUGCAAUGAACGUGAAUGAAAUUUUCAUGGCAAUAGCUAAGAAGCUCCCCAAGAACGAGCCCCAGAAUGCUGCUGGUGCUCCAGGCCGGAACCGAGGUGUGGACCUUCAGGAGAACAACCCAGCCAGCCGGAGCCAGUGCUGCAGCAACUGAGCCCCCCUUGCCUGCCCACUGCCCCCACCUCCUCCGCCUGAACGACCCGACUGGAAUCCACUCUAACCAAUCGCACUUAACGACCCGGGCCACUGCUGGGGGGGCAGGGGGAGGGCUCCACCAUGAUUUCUCCAUAUAAUUUUGAUCAUAGGCCGGAGUGAGUUAUUCCACCUGCACCUUUCUGUACAAAUACUAAUUCAAUUUUAAGUCUUAAGUCACUUUUUUAAUAUAUAUGAUCUUCUGCUCUUCCCACUUCCUUCCCUUUCUACUGCUCCCCCACUUUUCCUUUGCUGGUAGUAACCACAUGCUCCCCUGCCCGCCACCCCUGUAUAUGGGGGCAGGGGGCUGGAGCAGUUACCCUUCCUUUCCUUCUUGCUGAAUAGCAGACUCAGCAAGAGCAUCCACACCCUUUCCUUGUCUGGAGCGGGCUUCGUUUGGGGUGGUGGGGAAGGCCCUGGAGGCUAGCAAAGGAGAAUGAGCUCUUCCCCCAGCGUGCUGUCAUCAGGCUGCACCCCGCCCCCCGGCUGGGAGAGAACCCACAACAUUACUACAAUUACUUAUCACACAUUACUGUGACAGUCACGAACCCAUUGCCCACCCCCACCCCCUUGGUCACCCUGACCUCUGGCUCUGAGCCCUGUUCUGACCAAAUCACGAUGAUGAGUAUUUGGGGGCGGGUGGGUAAGGGGGGGAGUGGGGGGGAUGGAACCAACUUUUUCUGUAUUUUGUAUUGUAUGUUUUCUUCAACAUGUAACCAAUCAGUAUCUUGUCAAUAUAGUCAGCCGAUCGAUCGACCUUGCUCUUGUCUUCUUGUCUU